ACGAGCGGUCAAACACAAACACGCCUCCUCGGAGUCAUGCAGUUAUUUCAGCUCUUAUGAUUAUAAUUAUAAUAAAUAAUAAGUCUUAUUAUUAUAGUUCACAUUUUAACGCGACGCUCGGACGUUUCGCUUCUUCCUUCACCGGUGAGCUCACCUGUACAGGUGAAGAUGCUUCUCCGGACGUUGUGGUCCAGAUCGGGAGCUCAGCGGUUAAAUCCAGUCUUCAUCUCUGCCUCGGUCAAUCUGUCCCAGUCUGUCCAACCACGCUGGUAUGAAUCCAAACCCAGGACUCACUCAAACAGCUCGAGGAGCUGCUGUUGUUUAAACACUCUUCACCAACAGCGGAGACGUGUUCAGAGUCUCAGCAGCUCUUUGUUGACUGAUCCUGGCGUACUGGAUACAUGUAGAAGUGGACAGAAGCGUCUUUAUUCAUCUGACCUCGUGAAGUCGAUGUUGAAACCGGGUUUAAAGCCAGCAGCGGUGCCUGGGAAAAGAGUUCCCAAAGGUCCGAGGACAAAGCAGCCUUCUCGAGCCAAUCAGCCUCCCCUCAAUGAGGACAAGGAUAUGAUGCAGUGCAUCGCCUUUGCAACAGCAGAUAUGUAUCACUUACCAACACUUUGUCACGACUUGAUAAGCCACGGCUUCCAUGAGAUAGAUUUACCAAGAGAUGCAUCGAACGCGCUGGUGAUAAGCACAGACAUGGCUGCAAAGCCCGACGACGAUGCCGUCAUGUUCUUCUUCAGGGAAGGCUCAGUAGUUUUCUGGAAUGUCGAGGAGAAAACGGUCAAGAGAGUGUUGAGAAUACUGGAACAUCAUGAGAUCCAGCCUUAUGAAGUAGCACUAGUUCACUGGGAAAACGAGGAGAUUAACUACACUGUUGGAGAGGGAAACACAAAGCUCGAACGCGGAAACUUUAUUCUGAGUGUCAAUAUGGAGCAGCACGAAGCCGUUCUGGAGAAAUUUGCAUUUUCUAACGCGCUGUGUUUGUCAGUGAAGCUGGCGAUAUGGGAGGUGUCAUUAGACAACUUUGUAGAGUCAAUCCAAUCAAUUCCAGAGACUCUGAAAUCUGGCAAAAGAGUUAAGUUGUCCUCUGCAGAGGUCAUGAAGAAGAUAGGCGAGCUUUUCACUUUAAGACACUGUAUAAACUUGAGGUCUGACCUGCUCCUCACACCAGAUUUCUACUGGGACCGAGAAAACCUGGAAAAACUCUACGAUAAGACCUGCCAGUUCCUCAGCAUCAACCGCAGAGUCAACGUUGUGAACGAGAAGCUGGAACACUGCACGCAGCUCACAGAUCUGAUGAGAAGCCACCUGAGUGAGAAGCACAGCUUCAGGUUGGAGUGGAUGAUUGUCAUCCUCAUCACUAUUGAGGUUUUGUUUGAACUUGCAAAAAUGAUUUUCUAAACUGCUCCUCCAACGACGCACACAUCUCAAAGUGGUACUAGAAGCUCCGAAGGAAGAAAGCUGCACUAUAAGAAGGUAUCGGUGAAAUGUGAUGAUGUUUUCUGGAAGUGACGUGGACCUAAACAUUUUUGAAUGUCUUACUGUUGUCCAGUAUUUACAAUUCAAUAACACGUACAUAUACAAUACACCCAUACAAAGUCUGUACACAAAUCAGUCUGAUUUUUUUAAUUUUGGGAUCAGACCACACAGAAAUGUUUUGAUUUUUUUUUUUACUUUCUUAUGCUGGAUUUAUGUGUCAUCUCAUUUACAUCUUGUGCAAAAGUCUAUGAAUUUUCUUAGUAUGAAAAAUACUGAAGGACUCCAUCUGUGAGUGCUGUGUUAUAAGAGAUGCAAUAAAUUAUUUCUUUUAAAUGA